AUGGCUAGGGUUAGGGACCCUAACUUAGGGUGGUUGAAAUUUUUUAAAAUAAUUUUUGGUGAACCCCUUGAAAAGACAACUGCUUUUCUCUCAGCUUGGAUUUCUUAUAAACCAGAUGACGUCGUAGCUGCUGUGGACGAAGUGGUGGAUGCUGUUAUUGAUGAAACAUUGAAUUUUAAUAGACCAAUUCAAUUUUCUGAUGAUUUGGAGCAUGUUUACCCAAUACCUUUCCGCAAAAAAGAACGCUCUCUGGUUCCAGCAAAGUACCUGAAUAGUCAACAAUCAAAAACAGGAUCAAACUAUCUCGCGUAUAUUGUUGAACAACCGGAAGAAUGUGACGCGAAAAUUGUUAUUACUGUCAAGUCAAGCGCUGAUCAUUUUGAGCAUCGAGAAGCAAUUAGACAAUCUUGGGCGCCAAGAGAAGCAAGGAAAGAAGAUGUCCAAGUAGUCUUUCUCGUUGGACAAGGAAGUGAUGUAAUCAACGAUGAAAUCAAAGAAGAGUUCUUCAAACACAAAGAUCUGGUGAUCGGAAACUAUGUCGACUCGUACCAGAACCUGACGAUAAAAGCCAUGACCGGAAUCGAUUGGAGAGCAAGAAACUGUCACAAUGCAGAGUUUGUGCUCGCCGUUGACGAUGAUACUUUCGUCAAUUUGGACGACAUGAUGACUCAUUUGCAGCGACUCCCGGAAGAGGAAAACUUCAUUGAGUGCUCUGAAAGAACAGUGACUAAAGGAAAAGUCUGGCGGGAAGGACAAUGGGCAGUUUCCGAGGAUCAAUACGAGUUUGACGUCUAUCCGAAUUACUGCAACGGACCUUGCUAUCUCAUGCCAGUGGAAACGGCUGAUCUUCUCCUAGGAGCGUCGAGAACGACUCCAUCUGAUCAUCCAGCCGACGACGUCUUCAUCAGUGGCAUUCUUCGCGUAAAAACGGAAGUGCCCCUGAUUCAGUACACCCGCACUGGCGCUCCUGGUUGGUGCCAAGAACUCAACAACAGAAAACCACGACUUCCACAGCGAAUGGUCAAAGAACAUCUCAAGAAAUCGCAGCUCUAA